AUGUGGGAAGAUCAAAACGUACACGGAGUAUGGAAGAAAUGGUUUAUGGAGAUGCUCGCGUGGUACAAGCCCAGAGACGCAGACGUUAAGCUUUCGAGAUCAGAUCGAGCACCAACUUGGUCUUGGGGAUCUUUGAAUCGCCAGAUCAAGUUCAUUGGAUUGUUCACAAGAGAUGAGAGCAAGGUUGUAUCGCUAGAUGUAUGGGGGGCAUAUGGCGUCAGACACGUGGAGCUAAACGGUCGUCUUCUUAAGGACGAGGCUAAAGUUGAACCAGGUGAGGGGGAAAGGACAGAAGACUGGGUGACUGAAUACCUAGACUGCAAAGACUCCUUAGAGAUUGAGAAGGCCUCAGAGGUAGAGUAUUCUCUACUGGGAACUGUGGCGCACGAACAUCAAGCCUUAGCAGUCGGGCUUAUGGUUGUUAGUCAUGAAGAUGGCUUCUAUCGGCGUGUUGGACUGGCUUUAUUCUCAGGCAUGGACGUGUGGAGAAAUGUGCCUUGCUGCAGCAUUAAGCUAAGAUGA